GCGACGAAAUGUAAUUCUCUCUAUUUUCUUUCUGUUUUACAAUCACAAGUGUAUCUGACAAGUCUAAUGUAGGUUAGGAAUAACAAUGACUCAUUUCUCAAAAGCUCCCUCUGUUUCAGCUGCACAAAAGGGCGCUCUCACGCUGAAACAGAGGAUUCCUGAUGGCUACGGAUCGCUUCUGGCAGGCUUAGGUGGAGACGGUUCUGUCAACUUCGGAGCUUGGGCGCAGCGCAAUUGCUAUCUAGAUUCUUUUUUCUUAUUUAGUCACUUUAUUUUGCAAAAUGUGCGUCGCAUGAUCUCGAGAACUAUACAACGUAGAGAAGUUCUGAAAACACGAAAUCGCUCUAUGAGUACCGAAAAUCGACUACUGGGUAUUCUUUUCCCAAAAUUUACGUUGGAACCGGCACCACAAGGACUUACACCAUAUAUGAAUAAGAAAACAAAAUCAUUCACUCACAUACAAUAUCCUGCUGAUGAAUUGGCAUAUCGUAGUACACCGGAAUAUUUGCGUAAAUUAUUACGCGCUGCUGCUUUAUCUGCUACUUCCUCUUCAGUAAAUGACGAUAUGAAUGAGUCAAAUAUUAUGAGAACAAAAAGUGCGAAUGAUUUAUCACCGAAAUCAAAUUGUACAUAUUUGUUUUGUAUUAGAUAUUUCAUAUAUUCUAGAAAAUUUAGUAUACGUUAUCCACUUUCUGUUAUAGCAUCGAUGAAUAAAACGUUUAUUGGAAAUCCAAAGUAUAAAUCACAUGAAGAUUACUAUGAUGAAGUUGCUACAUUGAAAAAACAAGUCUCCUCGUUGAAAGAUGAAAAUAGUAGUAUGCGUACGAAAAUUCGACGUCUUGACGAAGAAAAUGCGAGAAGAAUUAAAGAAAUUGACGGACUCUGUGAUACCAGCCAAGAUGGUGUUUCUAGAAAAACAUUGUCCGGAACCGAUCGUAAUAGGACAACUAAUGUGUUAAAUUUAAAACAGAAAUUGUUCAAGUUAGAACAACAAUUGAAAGAAAAAGAGGCCACAAUUUCUAAACUACAAAAUGAUCCAAUGUACACAAAAACUGUUGAAAUAGCGAUUAGAAAUAAAGCACUUAGUAAUGAAAUUGAGAGACAAAAAAUUGAAAAGCUGAAUAUUGUCAAUAAUAGCUACCCUACGACAUUGCAAGAAGAAACAAAAAAUGCCGUGCAAAAACUCACCAUUGAAAACAGAGAUUUAUUGAGAGAGAAUAAAAUGUUACAUAAAAAACUUGAUGAACUUGAUGAAAAUCAAAUUGGAAGAGAACGAGAAAUAAAACGUUUAAAUGAAAUAAUUGAGAAAAUAAAACGAGACAGAGAUCAUUAUCGAGAACAAAUGAAUGAAACAGAAAGUGAAUUAUCUGCAUUAAAAAGAGAAUAUGAUAGAUAUAAACAUAAUUUUAAAUCUAAAAUAGCCCUACACGAUAGCACAGAUUUGAGUGGUGGGCGGUCAUCUCCAUCUCGAAUGAUACCAACAAAUCAACAAAAUAUUUCGAAUUGGAGAAGAGACGAUUUAUCUCAUCGUUCUUCACCAACGUCCAUGAAACGAUCAAACUCACCAUUAGGAAAAAGAAGUGAUUCAGAUGAUGAUUUUACCAAGAAAGACACUAGGUAA